AAUGCGCAGCGGGGCACUGACUUUACACUCGUGUGUCUUCUGUGUUUAUUUAUGGUCUGUUUCUGGAAUGUCCGCUCCUGGGACUGGGACCAUGUUUUCUGGCGCAGUGCGGGUGUCUCGGCGUCCAGAAUCGGGCGGGUCGCAGUAGGGCUCCACAAUUGUUGAGUGACUGAACUCGGUUCCCGGCCAGGGAGAGCGCCGCAGCCAGGUCCACUUCAGGCAGUGGCGGGGCGGGGCUUUCCCGGCCCCGCCCAGGCCCCGCCCCAGCGCGCACCCGCCUCACCUCGCCUCUCCGCGGAGCCGCCGGGGGUUAGACUGUGCAUUUCCCUCUUGCUUCCCUCGCUCUUUCUGCAGCCGCCACGAAAACCCGGAACGGCGGAGCCACCGAGCGGCGGAGCGGCGCCGCCCCUCGCGGCACCUCCCUGGCAGCCCCUGGAGGCCGCGCUGGGCAUGCUCAGUCGGCUGGGCCGCCUCAGCUUUCGGAGUAGGAAGCUCGGGCGCUCGGGCUGUGAGGAGCCGCGGCGGGGGGAAAAUGGAGCCCUUCACCAAUGAUCGGCUUCAGCUCCCCAGGAAUAUGAUUGAAAACAGCAUGUUUGAGGAAGAACCAGAUGUGGUGGAUUUAGCCAAAGAACCUUGUUUACAUCCUCUAGAGCCUGAUGAGGUGGAAUAUGAGCCCCGGGGUUCCCGACUGCUGGUGCGGGGUCUUGGUGAGCAUGAGAUGGACGAGGAUGAAGAGGAUUAUGAGUCAUCAGCCAAGUUGCUGGGCAUGUCCUUCAUGAAUAGAAGCUCAGGCCUUCGGAACAGUGCAGCUGGUUAUAGGCAGAGCCCAGAUGGGGCUUGUUCAGUACCCUCUGCAAGGACCAUGGUGGUCUGUGCUUUUGUCGUUGUGGUUGCUGCUUCUGUAAUCAUGGUGAUUUACUUACUACCCAGAUGUACCUUUACCAAAGAAGGCUGCCAUAAAAAAAACCAAUCGAUUGGACUAAUUCAGCCAAUUGCAACAAAUGGGAAAUUGUUUCCAUGGGCACAAAUCAGGCUUCCCACUGCCAUUGUGCCACUACGCUAUGAACUCAACCUACACCCGAACCUAACCUCGAUGACAUUCAGGGGUUCUGUGACAAUUUCGGUUCAGGCUCUUCAGGUCACAUGGAAUAUCAUUCUUCAUAGCACAGGUCAUAAUAUUUCAAGAGUGACCUUUAUGUCAGCAGUUUCAAGCCAAGAAAAACAAGUUGAGAUCCUGGAAUAUCCAUAUCAUGAACAGAUCGCGAUUGUUGCCCCUGAAGCCCUUCUAGCAGGGCACAAUUAUACGUUGAAGAUAGAGUUCUCGGCAAAUAUAUCUAGUUCUUACUAUGGGUUUUAUGGCUUCUCCUACACAGAUGAAAGUAAUGAGAAAAAGUACUUUGCAGCAACUCAGUUUGAACCCCUGGCAACAAGAUCUGCUUUUCCUUGUUUUGACGAACCAGCAUUUAAAGCCACUUUUAUCAUCAGGAUCAUAAGGGAUGAGCAAUACACUGCUUUAUCAAAUAUGCCUAAGAAGUCAUCAGUCGUUCUAGAAGAUGGACUUGUUCAGGAUGAGUUUUCUGAGAGUGUGAAGAUGAGCACUUACCUGGUUGCUUUCAUUGUGGGAGAGAUGAAGAACCUGAGUCAGGACAUAAAUGGAACCCUGGUUUCUAUAUAUGCUGUGCCAGAAAAGAUUGGUCAAGUUCACUAUGCCUUGGAAACAACUGUGAAGCUUCUUGAGUUUUAUCAAAACUACUUUGAAAUUCAGUACCCACUUAAGAAAUUGGAUUUGGUGGCUAUUCCUGACUUUGAAGCAGGAGCAAUGGAAAAUUGGGGUUUGCUCACCUUCCGAGAGGAGACGCUUUUGUAUGACAAUAACACUUCUUCAAUGGCGGAUAGAAAACUGGUGACUAAAAUCAUUGCUCAUGAACUGGCUCACCAGUGGUUUGGCAAUCUGGUAACAAUGAAGUGGUGGAAUGAUCUAUGGCUAAAUGAAGGUUUUGCCACUUUCAUGGAGUAUUUCUCUUUGGAAAAAAUAUUCAAAGAACUUUCUAGUUAUGAAGAUUUCUUAGAUGCUCGAUUUAAAACCAUGAAGAAAGAUUCCUUAAAUUCAUCUCAUCCAAUAUCAUCAUCUGUUCAGUCUUCAGAACAAAUUGAAGAAAUGUUUGAUUCUCUUUCCUAUUUUAAGGGAGCUUCUCUCUUGUUGAUGCUGAAAACUUACCUUAGUGAAGAUGUGUUUCAACAUGCUGUUGUCCUUUACCUGCAUAAUCACAGCUAUGCAUCCAUUCAGAGUGAUGAUCUGUGGGAUAGUUUUAAUGAGGUCACAAACCAAACACUAGAUGUAAAGAGAAUGAUGAAAACCUGGACCCUGCAGAAAGGAUUUCCUUUAGUGACUGUUCAAAAGAAAGGAAAGCAACUUUUUAUACAACAAGAGAGAUUCUUUUUAAAUAUGAAGCCUGAAAUUCAGCCUUCAGAUACAAGCUACCUGUGGCAUAUUCCACUAUCCUAUGUCACUGAAGGAAGAAAUUAUUCAAAAUAUCAGUCGGUAUCACUACUGGAUAAGAAAUCAGGUGUCAUCAAUCUUACAGAAGAAGUGCUGUGGGUCAAAGUGAAUAUAAACAUGAAUGGUUAUUAUAUUGUACACUAUGCAGAUGAUGAUUGGGAAGCUCUAAUCAAUCAGUUGAAAAUAAAUCCUUAUGUUCUGAGUGACAAAGACCGAGCCAACCUUAUCAACAACAUCUUUGAACUUGCAGGCCUAGGCAAGGUACCUCUCCAGAGGGCCUUUGAUUUGAUUAAUUAUCUUGGAAAUGAGAACCAUACUGCACCCAUCACUGAAGCCCUGUUUCAGACAGGCCUCAUCUAUAACCUCCUUGAAAAACUGGGAUACAUGGAUCUGGCCUCAAGACUGGUGACCAGGGUAUUUAAAUUACUUCAGAACCAAAUUCAACAACAAACUUGGACUGAUGAGGGCACUCCAUCUAUGCGAGAGCUUCGGUCAGCCCUGCUGGAGUUUGCCUGCACCCACAACCUGGGGAACUGCUCCGCUACUGCCAUGAAACUGUUUGAUGACUGGAUGGCAUCCAAUGGAACUCAAAGCCUGCCUACUGACGUCAUGACAACUGUGUUCAAAGUUGGAGCAAAAACUGACAAAGGCUGGUCUUUCCUUUUGGGCAAAUACAUUUCUAUAGGCUCUGAAGCAGAGAAGAACAAAAUACUAGAAGCACUUGCCAGCUCAGAGGAUGUGCGGAAGCUUUACUGGUUAAUGAAAAGUAGCCUGAAUGGAGAUAACAUCCGAACACAGAAGCUGUCUUUUAUCAUUAGAACAGUGGGUCGACAUUUUCCUGGACACUUACUGGCAUGGGAUUUUGUCAAAGAGAACUGGAAUAAGCUUGUACAGAAGUUCCAUCUGGGGUCCUAUACCAUACAAAGUAUUGUUGCUGGAUCAACUUACCUGUUUUCAACAAAGGCACAUUUAUCUGAGGUUCAGGCAUUCUUUGAAAAUCAGUCAGAGGCAACCUUCCGGCUUCGUUGUGUCCAGGAGGCUUUGGAAGUCAUUCAGUUGAAUAUCCAGUGGAUGGAGAAGAACCUCAAAAGUCUCACAUGGUGGCUGUAGCAUGCACAACCGCACCUCAUUUUGUCGCCCAUUCAGAGAGCUUGUAAGCUUGGGCUCUGCUGCUUUUUCAAAAGCCAAGGUAAAGCCAGGAUCGCUGCCAAGUUGUUUGCACUCUUAGGAGUUCUAGUUAGCUCAGGGCCUGACUGUAUUUUUCAUCCGUCUUUUCUGAAAUGUCUUUGGGCAGUAUGUAGUUAUUUAUUAUAAAAUUAUAUUCACCUAAAUGCCAACCAUCUACAAAAACAAUGAGUAAUUUUUCUACUUUGAAGAUACACAAAUGGGGGAAAAAAACCCUGUUUUGGAAUUCUGUUCUAUUCCUCAGUAUACAGAAAGUUACUGACACAGUAAAACAAGGAAAGUUCUACCCUAAGAGCCACCAUCACUGCAGGCUGCUGAUUUGUCAGCCAUCUGUUACUUCUUAUUGAUAGAUGGUAUUGGAAUGUGGUACAAAGUUAGCUCUGAAGAAUAUGAUAAUGAAGACAAUAAAGCAUGCACUGUAAGAACUGACCUCAGGUGUGCAAAUCUACUUUGAUUUGGGGUUUUGAUUAAUUCUUUAUUUUUCUGAAAAAAAGUUUAAAUAAUGUCUGUAACUAUUGUGUUUUUUUUUCUGCAGAAUAGCCAGGUGCUACAGAUUUUUUAAAUUUUUGUUGUAUUGAAAAGCUAAACAAGGCCAAAAGGUUAAAUGUUUUGAAUAUUUAAGGCUUUCUUUUUCAUCUUUUAUAACGUUACCAUAGAAAACUGUUCCAAACUGAGUUAACUUUAAUUAUAAUUAUUUCAUUCAUAUAUGGUGAUAGUCCCCAAAUCUGUACACCUUUAUCACUCCCUGCCAUAGAUAUACUUUAGGUUAGUAUUUCUGCAUUCGUGGCAAGCAUUUUGCUAACACCAGUGUUUUUCAUUGUGACUUUUAUCACUAUUACUAAGAAUGCAAUUUAAGUUGCCUUUUGGCAUCGUAGAUCAUAGAAACUUUCUCUCUGAAUCAUACCCAUGUGUGAAUUUUCAUUUUAUAUGAUAGUGUAGCAUAUUAUAAGCAUAUUUUAAAACAGGGCCUUUGAGAAAUUGAAAAAAAAAUUAUUUGAAGUUCACCAUAGUACCUUAAAGGAACAAAGAGAAUGUGGGAUAGGAGUAACUUGAAUUCGUGUUUAGUAUGGUGGGCUUUGAAUUUUUUUCACUAUCAGAAAUCGUGCUUUUGUUUAGUUAAAAAUUAUAGUUUUUCUUUUUUGUGUGUCCAAACUAGCAUAAAAGGAGUGGUCAAAGAAGGAAAGAAAGAAAAAUGAGGGAGGAUGUCCAAAGCUGUAUGGCAUUUUACUCUUUCUGAAAGAGAAAUACUGUACUUGAAUUUUUGAGCUAUGCAGACUUAUACCUAGAUUGUUGUGUUUCUUUGAUUCUUAGGAGAAAAGCUGUCUUCCUAAUAACUCUUGAGAACUUUAUAUGUUUGAAAACAGUUUCUAUGUACAUAAAAAGGGUAGUUACCCAUUUGUGAGCACUUAAAACACUCCACAGAGUCAGACAGUGGGAAAGGUCACCUUUUUUUAUUCAGCAGGUAUAAAGUUAGAAUGUAUGGAAUUGUGAAUAAAAUUAUAUUUUAUUUUAUGAAAAUAUUUUUAUAUAAUAAAAUUUAAAAGGCUGGUAAGCUAAAAAAAUAGUCGUCUUUAAUCCUAGUGUGUUUUCCCCAAUUUAGUCUUUUCUAAACCUUAUCUGUUUUAGAGUAGAAAAUAUUAUAUCCUGAGAAUCACAGAAUCAUCUAAGUAUGUCUUAUUCAACUGAGGUGAUUGUAAGUCUUUAUUCUUGUGCUUUCGUUAAAUAAAUGAUAAUUUAGUUGAUAGUGAAAGUUAAUGUGUUUUUAUAUUUUUGGAGUGAGGGAAAAAUACUAAACUUUUGAGAGUUUUGUUGUUGUUGCUGGUUUUUUACCAUGUUGUACUAAAUUCCACUUUGAUACAAAAUUUAAAUUUUGUAACUUCUCAAAAUCAGUUAAGAUUCUUCAGUUUUACCUGUGCUUCUUGACAUCGCUCCUGUAAUGUAUGUUAGUUAACUCUGCAUAUGGCAAAUCUUGUCUUGAAUUAUGUCAUUUCUCUCCCUCUCUCUGUCUGUCUCUGUCUCUCUCUCUUUCUCUCUCUCUCUGUCUCUCUCUGUGUGUGUGUGUGUGUGUGUGGUGUGGGGGGUAUUGUUAUGAGUAAAACCUUAUCAAAACUUGGCCUAAAAAAGAGAUAACUCAUGAUCCAUUGCUAUCUUUAUUACUCAAAGGCUGUUCAUUCCCAUGAUACCAGAUUCAUAGUAGUUGUAGGUUUUUGUUGUUGUUGCCCUUAACUUAAUUACUUAUAGUUUUAGUAGGCCUUGCCUCAGUUUUUCCCACAGAAUUCCAUAAUUUUAAUGUUGAACUAACCCAUCUAUCUAGGACUUCUAAAAACUACAUCAGGAAGGUGAGGUUAAAUGAGAGGUAGAACUUGUGGUGUGAUAGGUAUAAUGGUAGCUUUCAAAGUUUUAUCUUCUCAAAACAUUGUCUUAGCCACUGUAUUUCUGAGAACUCAGACUGAAGCACAGAAGUCACAGUAUGCUUCUUUUAUUUAAGCACACAGAUUCAUGACACAAGUACUUGUUGAACAAGUGUUCUCAUUGCAGAGAGGUCUACUUGAAUAUAAAAGGGACAUCAUACUAGAUUAUUUUAAAAAAGAGAAUUGGAAAUCUAGAAUUGUGGAAGAAAUAUUUAUGCUUUGGAGAUCUAAAAAGUUAUGAAUGUAGGAAUUGGAUGAGUCCAGUUUGUUCUGUUAAUAUAAAAUGGUUAGAUAUACUAAACUGCAAGUAGUAUCAGCUUCACCAUAAGCUUGGGCCUUCCUCCAUCCUGUUUUAUUUAAGUCUCUUUAAAUGAAAUUUUGUUGUCAUUGUUUCAGCGUUCAUGAACUUUCUUAGUAUCACAGGUUCUACUUUAAUUUUCUUUGCCAUAUGUGUUUCCAUUUUAUGGGACAUUAGCCACCAUAGGAACAGAAGAGUUGUCAGAAGACUCCUGGGUAUAGUGAGCAAAUCAAGCUGCAUCAGUAUUAUAGGGUACCAAACAGAAUCCUUUCUAUCAGGAAAUAAGAAAUCAAUUAAAUGUUGGCUGGGUGCGGUGGCUCACGCCUGUAAUCCCAGCAUUUUGGGAUGCCAAGGUGGGAGGACCAUUUGAAGCCAGGAGUUCUAGACCAGCCUGGCCAACAUGGCAAAAGCCCAUCUCUACUAAAUUAUAAAAAUUAGCUGGGCGUGGUGGUGCACACCUGUAAUCCCAGCUACUUGGUAGGCACGAGAAUCGCUUGAACCCAGGAGGUAGAGGGUGCAGUGAGCCAAGGUUAUGCCGCUGCACUCCAGCCUGGUUGACAGAGUGAGACUGUCUCAAAAAAA